UGCUCAGGCCAGUUUCCAUUAUCGCAGCAGCGGAGUUCAAGUGUCGCACGAAUGUAGGGAAAUAUAUUUUUAUUCCGCUCCGUUCGAUAAGAUAAACAGCCGAUAUUGGUGCACGAAACUGAGCCACUGGUGAACUUCGUUUGCAGAUUUACCGAUCAGUCGGCGUUGGGAGCGCUUUGGAGACGGAACUAAACAGAGCGGAGCAGAAAGGAGCACACGAUGGCAGCCAGCGAGGGAUCGGCGCGCAUUCAGUUCAAGGCGCUGCGGGGAUUUCCGGCUAUCGGCGAUGCCAGUGAUAAGCUGGAGACACAGGCCUUCCUCGCCGCCUCCAAGGAGAUAGUAACCGUCAUAGAAAGCUUCGGCAAACUAUUCACACCCGUGAUCAGCGACAUGAACGGAAACAUUAACAAACUGACGAAAGCCUACGGAGCGGAUGUGUUGAAGUACCAGUAUCUGGAGGAUCUGAUUGUGCUGAAUGUGAACGUGGACGACUUUGCUGCCAACGCGCUGCUCUGGCUGAAGCGCGGCCUCCAGCUCAUUUGCACCUUCUUCGAGAACAUCUACAACGAUGCCCAGGCCAAGGAGGCACUGAAGCAGCACCUGCAGGACGCCUACGAGCGCACCCUGAAGCCCUACCACGGCUUCAUUGUCCAGAGCACAAUCAAGAUCAUCUACAGCUGGGUGCCCACGCGCAGCCAGCUGCUGGGCCAGGGAGACGCCCAGGCGGAGAACAUCGAGGUGCUAACCACCUUUCUGCCGCGGAUGCGCGCCCAUCUGGACUCGAUCGAUGCCCUGCUGAAGGCGCACAAUUUGGACGAUGCACGGAAGGUGUGAUCGGCGAUGUUCGCAUCGUUUCUUAGCCUAGCCUAGCUUAGCUUAAAUAGCUUAACCUACUUUAUUAUUUAUGCCAAUGUCCAAGUAAACCUCAGAGCCUUACUUAUAAACUGCA